AUGGUAGCUGAAUUCUUCGCAUCCCUGUUCGCCCUCAAGUGGAGGGUGACGCGUUUAAGUUUUUCCAUGGUGCUGAAGGUGUGGGACUUGGUUCCGUCGAGCAGGCUCGCCACUUACGGCUCUGUCACAGUAGUGACAGUCAUCGGUCUGGUUCUGCUGCGGAAGUGGAUCGCGGGCGGGGUAUGCCGCAGCCGGGUCCGUCUCAGUGGGAAGACGGUUCUGAUCACCGGAGCCAACACCGGGAUCGGCAAGGAGACGGCCCGGGACAUGGCCUCCAGGGGGGCGCGGGUGGUGAUGGCGUGCCGGGACGUGUCCCGGGCGGAGCUGGCGGCCGAGGAGAUCCGCCGCGCGACGGGGAACCCCAACGUGGCGGUGCGGCCCCUGGACCUGGCGUCUCUGCGCUCCGUACGGCUCUUCGUCAGCGGCUAUGAGGCGAACGAGGACCGGCUGGACAUCCUCAUCAACAACGCCGGGGUGAUGAUGUGUCCCAAAGGGCUGACGGAGGACGGGUAUGAGACCCAGCUGGCUGUCAAUCACCUGGGUCACUUCCUGCUCACCAAUCUCCUCCUGGAGAAGCUGAAGAGCUCCGUCCCCAGCCGGGUCGUCACGGUGUCCAGCAUCGCCCACAGAGGAGGGAAAAUCCACUUUGACGAUCUCUGCUUCGAGAGGACGCCGUACGAUUCGCUGGUCAGCUACAGGCAGAGCAAACUGGCCAACGUCCUCUUCUCUCGGGAGCUAGCCCGCAGGACGAGAGGUUCGGGGGUGACCUCGUACUCGCUGCACCCCGGAGUGAUCCGGACCGAGCUGAGCCGGCACGUGGAGCUGGGUCACCCGGUGCUGAAGACGCUGCUGUGGGUCCCGGCGCUCCUGCUGAUGAAGACCCCGUGGCAGGGGGCCCAGACCUCGGUCUACUGUGCCGUGUCCCCGCGGCUGGAGGACCGGUCCGGCUGCUACUUCAGUGACUGUGUGGUGAAGGAGACGGCCCCUGAGGGGCGGGAUGACCUGGUGGCUCUGCGGCUCUGGGAGGUCAGCUCUCGGCUGGUGGGGCUCGAGGAGACGGACAGACCCCAGCCUGCAACCCAAAAUCAGCCAGCCUCCGAUCCUGCAGGGGGAGCCAGUGAGCUCCUCACGCCCACAGACAUCUGA